AGGAAACCGAACGUCCCAUUUUGAAGCUGGAAGACGUCAUCAGGUUAGAGUUGGCUUCUGAAUCUCUGAUUGCAAGGUAUAAUAUAAACAUGCGAUGGCAUGAACAAUAUCCUGAUUUGGGUGCCAAUGCAUAUGUCUCCUCAGAUGCAGCAGCAAAUGCUUGGGUAGAUUAUUGGACAAAAUGCUACUCCUUUUCAAGGACAACUAGAGGCAUUUACUCCUCAGAGAGAUCAACCAUAUGGAUCUUCAAACAUGGAGUGGCAACGGAGAUGGGUCAAAAGUGUCAAAUCCAAUGGCAGCACAGUUCUACAAUGAAGGCCAGGGGGCAGAUAGAUCAAGAACUUAUUUUCAGGGCCAGCGACUAGAUCGUAAGAAACAAAACACUGAUCAUAGAUCUUGACCUCCUGAAGAAGAAAUGGGAGUUGGAUACAAGGAUAACCAUUCACGAUUCAUCAAAAACUUUUGAAGGUCUUGAGAAGAAAUUCCUGGAUGACAUAAUGAAGCUGGCUAAGGAACAAAAUGAUGCUGAGGAUGCAGAAAAUGCUAGACACAGGAAGAAAAUAAAUGCAAUCAAUGCUCAGUAUCAGGGGCAGCUAGCAGCACUUAGAGCACAGCAUGCAAAUGGUAGAGAUGAAUGUUAUUUCUCGUAAAAAAAAAAAAAAAAAGACAAAAAGAUUAGCAAAAACAAUUAAUUAAAGAUGAAAGGUGGAAGGAUGUCAUCGAAAGUAUGAGGAGUUUAAGCUGAAGCAUGAAUCAAUCACUUUUUUUAGGACGUUUUGUGCUAUUGGUGCAAUAAUUUUUUAUGAUCACGUCACUCUCGGAAUCUCGGGAUACAACAGCUUAACAUUGUUUUAUUUUCUUAUUGUAUCUUUACAAGUACUGCACUCUUGUAAAUAAAGCUCCACCCCACCACCUUUUCCUUACCCAAAGAGAGUUUUUAUACCGUGUUUGUGAAAUAAGAAUGCAAAUUAUAAAAAUUGUAUCAGUCU